CCUCUUAUUUUAAUAAAGUUUUGAAUGAUUUUAAGCUUUAACGCAGAGGGGACGAUGAAGCGGUGUCUGCUUGCCCUGUCCCUCCUGAGCUUGUGGACUCUCGCAAUGGAAGAUACUGAGGAAUCCUGUAAUUUUAUGGAGAGAUGCAUCUUACCGUGCAGUUUCCAGAUUGGGAAAGAAAUCGUCAUCCACUGGUUUAAGACACCAAGAGACCUUCGUGUCCACUCGUACUACCACAGCAAAAACCAGUUUGGACACCAGGACCAGCGCUUCAGAAACAGGACUUCAGUGUUCCAGGACCAGAUCCGCAGAGGAAAUGCCUCACUCCAGCUGACAAGUGUGGAGGUUCAGGAUGAGGGCAGAUAUAAGUGCCACACCAGCACCAUCAAGGGAAACCAGGAGUCAUUUGUCAACCUAAAAGUAGAUGCUCCAGUUAAAGAAGUCAGUCUUGAUCAGGUUGAAAACUGGAUCAGCUGCAGGUCAGAGGGGAUCUACCCUGAACCUCAGCUCUCCUGGUCCACCAGCCCUCCAUCCAACAUCACCUUCACUAACACCACCACAGUCAAGCGGACUGAACAGGUGCUGUAUAACAUCAGCAGUUCUCUGAUGCUUUCAGCCGGUGUUUAUGACCUGCUCUUUAUCUGCACCAUCAGCACUCGCAGGAACAGGAGGAGAGCCACUUUGCAGAGACUAUCUCAUAUCAGUGGUCCCAGUACUGGUGUAACAGUCACCUGCACCUCUCCAAACACUUCACUCACCAACUUCAGCCUCGUCUGGAAAUUCAACCACACUCAGACCAUCGUGAACCAGACUGGGACCAACUUUACCUACUCGGUGUCAGAUGAGUGGAGGGAGAAGGUGAAGAAUGUGUCUAAGUCAGGCAGUCUCAUGCUAAAGGACUUAUCUGCAAAACAGGAGGGGCUGUACACCUGUAAGCUCAGUAAUGCUGAGGAGACUCACAUUACCCACAUCCACCUGAGAAUGAUCAAAGGACAUCACAUUAACCUUGUAGCCAUUAUCACAGCUUUGGGGUCUGGAAUUGUACUGAUCGGCUUAUUGACAACUGCUGCAAUCUGCAGCACACAGAGAAGGUCAACGCCGAGUGUUACCAACACCAGGACCAUGUCUGAGACUGCAAAUCCUGAGCAUCCUGAGCCUGAACCUUUGCAGCCAGAGCUACAGUGUCCUUAUCCAACUGAUCCAGGGGCUCAGUAUCCAGAGGUCCCCAAACCAGCUGAUCCAGAACCCAGGAGCCUCAGGUUGCCUGUGUCAAAAGAACCAAAGACCUGCACUAAGAAGAUUAUCUCUAGUCAUGAUGGUGCCAUACUGUAAAUUUGGCUUUUUCUUCAAUCAU